GAUUUUAAUAACCUUAAAGCUAUUUUAGGGGGAAAUCAAAGGGGGGACUGUAGGCCUUUGUUCAGGAGGUUGAAAGAGAUCAGCCUAUACAUUCCCUACAGACAUUUUUAUACCCUCAUCUCGACAGCAUGUAGCCUGUAGCGCGUGAAAUGACGCACGCAGCAGCAGGAGGGCAUAUAGUUUAUAAAGUCAGGCACCAGGACACAUCAGACUCCCCUGUUGAAAACCUCUGUCCUCUCUCUGUAGGCUGCUAUGUCUCUGGAGGAUUCAUUCGUUAUAACCCCAGAGGACAACAGGGUUUUGGUUCUGAAUGUUUCCAGAGUGUUUUGGGACUCCACAGGAGAGCAGCACCAGUACAACAUCUGGCUCCCUGGUAUCGGAAUCGCUGCCGUCUACGGAGUCAUCAUUAUCGUGGGUCUCGUGGGAAAUGUCACUUUAAUGAAGACGUGUCUGUCGGUCAAGUCCAUGCGGACGGUGCCCAACUUGUUCCUGUCCAGUCUGGCUCUAGGGGACCUGCUGCUCCUGGUGACCUGCGCCCCGGUGGACGCCAGCCGCUACCUGGUGGACGAGUGGCUCUUCGGCCGCGUUGGAUGCAAACUGAUCCCGUUUAUCCAGCUCACCUCGGUGGGAGUCUCCGUGUUCACGCUCACUGCUCUCUCCGCUGACCGGUACAAAGCUAUAGUCAAACCGCUGGACAUCCACAGGUCCAGCGCCAGACUCAGUGUCUGUUUACGAGUGGGGACGAUCUGGCUGUUCUCCAUGACUCUGGCGAUUCCUGAAGCCGUCUUCUCCGACCUGCACACCUUCACCACCAGCCACACCAAUGAAACAUUUGUGACCUGUGCGCCCUACCCCCACGCCGGGGAGCUGCACCCGAAAAUCCACUCCACCGCCUCCUUCCUCAUCUUCUACAUCAUCCCACUCUUCAUCAUAUCUGUCUACUACUGCUUCAUCGCUCGCAGUCUGGUCAGGAGCUCUGUGGACAUCCCUGCUGAAGGACACCUGCACCUCCAGAGACAGAUCAAGUCCAGAAAGCGUCUGGCCAAAACUGUGCUGGUGUUUGUUGGCUUGUUUGCUGUCUGCUGGCUGCCCAGUCAUGUGAUCUACCUGUACCGCUCCUACCACUACGACCAGGUGGACACCUCGCUGGGCCACUUCAUUGCCAGCGUUUGUGCUCGCAUUUUGGCCUUCACCAACUCCUGUGUGAACCCGUUUGCUCUCUACCUGAUGAGCAAAAGCUUCAGCAAACACUUCAACAAGCAGCUCCUGUGCUGCACUUCUCCCAGACGGUUGUACAGUCAGAACAGUGGCAGUACAAACAUAACCACCGUCUGAAAGCAUUUGUGUUUUCAUAAACUUCAUAACACCUGGACUGGAGUCAUGUUGGUCGUCUUUGCUCACACUGAUGUCAGCGGACUUCAGUGUGCUGAACGGACACUGUUACAGUCAUUCAUCCCUGUUGUCAAGCCAUCGCACUCCUGAAUUAUUUCAAAUUCAUUUUAAUUAUCACCUCUCAUUUACCGUUUUUACAAAACACCUUGAAAUAAUGUUCAGUUUUUAAAAAGUAUCUUAAUGUCUUAGCUAUAGCUGUCAACUAUCCAGUCGGAGCCAUCAAAAAAUGAGGUGAUGCAGGAAGCCUCAAAGGUUCUGUCAGAAACAUUUAAUCUCUGCUUUAAAACAAAAUAACAACUGUUGGUUGAAAGACAAAUGCAAUCACUGCAGAUGUAAAGUCAAAGUACAGUACAAAACAUCUUAAUCGUUAUAUUUGAUGAACAUAUUCCCUGACAAACAAAUGUAAGAGAAGAAAAAUGGUAGUUGGUAAGUUUUCUCUGUAUUAUAAGUCUGUUUUGGUGUUAAACCCAAAGCCGUAUAGAUGUAAAAUGAAACUGAGUAUAAUCAAGUAUCACUUAUGGUUUUAAAUGGCAAAUUUUUUUUAUCAACUGUCAUUUGCAGUGGAAACCGUGCAUAAAAAUCAGCUUUAUUGUGCAUGUUUCUAUCUGCACUUAUCUGCUGGAGUUAGAGCAGAAGGUCCCUCUGACAUUUGAGGGAUUAAUAGUUGUAAAAAAUUCAAACUGAACAACUUCUGCUUUUCUUUAUACUAGAAAAGUUCUAUUGGCCACAUAUAAAUGUUUGCCAAAUGUUAAGUUAGUAGAAUUGUCAAAUGUCACAUAUUGUGUACAUAGAGAUGCUUCUGUUGCAUUCUGUUAGUUGAUGGUGUGUUGGUUGUCUUUAGUUCUGUAUAAACUAUGUAUGUAUUUUGUUUAAUGUUGAUGUGUAAUAUACGGGGCUGCAAAUAAUAAUUAUUUGCAUUAUUCAUUCAUCUAUUGGUUGUUUUUAUGAAUAAUCAAUGUUUAGUCUGCCUUGUUUUGUUGUACCAAUAGACCAAAACCUAAUAUUCCAUUCACAGUGAUAUAAGACACAUAAAAGCAGAAUAUUCUGACAUUUUUUAAAAGCAAGACACUGAAUAUGUAGCAUUUUUAGCCUUCUAGUGGCGCGGCUCUGUGGACGGUAAUGUCGGUCUGUCCACCAUUUUGGUCCAGACUAAAAUAUCUCAACAAGUACUGGAUGGAUUGCCAUGACAUUUACCAAAAUUCAUGGAUUCAGGAUGAAUUGUAAUAA